CAACAAUAGCUUCAAUAUUGAUGUUUCUAAUCUAGUCUGUCUUACUGUUAUAUUUACUUUUAUCAUCCUCGCCAUUGCAUGAGUUCUGUAUGGCGGGGGAUACUACCCGGACUGGUUGUUGGCAGUCCUUCCUCUUAUGGACAUUCCCUCCAGCAGGUGCGACUUUCUCACCCCCAGUCUUCCCUUCUCUACCUUUCGUCCCAUCCUUUCCUCUUCUAAUCGUCGCUCCCUAAGCCACCCCUGCUUUCCCAAAUCCCCCUCUCUCCCCUCCUCUCAAAAGUUUCUUUACAGUAUUUUGAUCUCUUCUGUUUUAAAUACUGCCAUCUAUCUCAUUUCUUGUCCCCAACACAAAGAUAAAAAGCCUAUCUCCACACUUACAGUCAUCUCGCAAGCAUAUGCUCCUGUCAGCUUGUCAUUGCAUGUGAAAACAUUUGGAUUUUGUGAAGUGUGCUGUCUUUUCAACACGCGCUUUCAGCUACUUCAUCUUUUCUCUCUCUUUUUCUUGCAAUACUUUCUUAAAUUAUCUUGCUUGACUACCACAUUGACAAAUACCGAACAGAAAUAGUUAUUAUCAACUGGACAAAAUGUCUUUUCUUUCUACUGGGUCCCCUACAAUUAGCCGCAAGCAUUCUGAAGGGGGGUUUCUUUCCAAUGAUGGGGGCUGCGAGAUGCACGCCCUAGGCUUUGGACGCGAAGCAUCAGGACAUAAGCAUUUAAACACCCCCAACAGCCCUCCAGA